AUAUAGUUUUACCGCGAGUGAGUGUUUAAAAGAAUGAAUGAAUGCGGGUGAUGCUCGGUGGGUUCAAGAACAUACAUCUGGCUGAAUGGGUUCAGCCAGACCUUUCUCCAGCGCUGACACAGCGCUAAAACGAAGUGUGGAGAUAGGUCUGGCUAUGCGAGACUAAUGUAUACCAAAACCUAUACUGAUAACCUGGUAUUGUAUAUGUAUAUCAUACAACUAAAUGUAUAAUUUAAAUGUCUCUUCAGUACUAAGUGUGCCUGCCUCUUGUUUUUGCAGACCCACUGCAUUAGAGCACCAUGAGUGUUUCAACAAAGAUGUCAUACUGCUCCCCAGCCCCGCUUGGGUGUAUGUUUGUAAGCAGACAUCAAAACACUUUUUGCACGAGAAUGGACACAUCCUCAGCGCAUUUGAAUUUAGGAAAUCAUGGGACCAUCUUACUGUUCUUCAACAAAUACGGGAUGCGUUUGGAUCCAGAAUCCCAGAGGAUGUCAGCCUGCAGAUUCUUAUGGGCUGUGGAAACAAGCUUGUGACUCCAAACCUACGAGAGGGUCAACUUUUCGAUGGUCACAUGAUCCGCAAGGUCUUCAGGUCAAAGGCCUUGUAUGUCAGACCAUCAGGAACCAUUCUAGAUUAUAACAAUGAUACUGAAGACACCUCUAGUGUACUCCAGGGUCCUAACACUAGAGGCAAGUCAAAAGUUAAUCAACCUAAAAUGCAAGAUCUAGAAGAUUACCAGUAUGACUCAGACAGUUGCUUCGAAGUGGAUGCCACGGCCUCCAGCUUCCCCCAACCUCCAAACAGCCUCCUACCCAUCGAUGCUGUCCCAUGCUCAAAAAGUUCUCCAAACUCCAGGAUCCGCUCACCAUCCAGAUGUGGGACAGCCUCUAGCAUGGUCGCAGCCACCAAUUCCCUCCCACCGUCUGUUUACCCUGCACCAAUCAGCCACACUGUUGGCUUGGGGUCAGCUUCCUGCAAUGUUGCAGCCACCAAUUCCCUCCCACCCUCCAGUAGUGCUCCAGCCACCAGUCACUAUGUGACCACUGGUGGUGGGACAUCCAGCAGUGGUCACUAUGUGACCACUGGUGGUGGGACAUCCAGCAGUGUUGCAGUCUCCACCUGUCCCGUCAGAUAUGGCACUGAUGAACCCAAUAGUUCUGACUAUGCAACAUAUUUAUCAUUGAUGACCGAUUUCUCUGACCUAUCAUCGGAUGAUGAAGAAUUAAACCUUGCAAUUAUGGCUAGCAUUGAAACUCAACAGGCCCAAGCUUCUCAGUGUCAAGAAGUCUCUGUGACAGAGAUACUCCUGGAGCUGGCCAAAAAGAUCACACCACACAGUCGCUGUAAAUUCAACAUCAACCGCUCAGCUGUCCUAGAUGGUGCCUUCAGAGGUUUCAAGAGGACAACAUACAACCCCAAUGCUACCAUGAAUGUCAAGUUUUCAGAUGAUCUCGGGCGAAAUGAAGAAUCAGUUGAUUUGGGUGGGCCAAGGCGGGAAUUUCUACGCCUGCUGAUGGAGGCCUUGGUGAUGAGCCCCAUGUUCGAGGGGUCAGGUGAAAGUCAAAAUUUGGCUCUUGACAUGGCAGCACUUGGAGAUGACCGCUACUUCUUGGCCGGGAAGGCAAUCGCUGUCAGCAUUGUCCAUGGAGGCCCUCCACCCGCAUUCUUUUCUACUACACUAUUUGACUGCUUAGUUGGUGGUCCCCAUACAGCCAAGCCCGUGCUGGAGGACGUUGCAGACACAGACAUCUAUCAGUGGGUGAAAAAGGUGUCCCAGAGUUCCACUCAUGAGGACCUUGUCAGAGCAACACUACCACUACAAGAUUAUUUGGCCAAUGCAGGAUGUCUUAGACCAUUGAAAACCAUUGACGACAGGUUUCUAGAAGGACUUAAAACCCUAGGAGUUUUGGAGAAAAUCAAAAACCAUCCAGAAAGCUUCCGUCCUCUGUUUUGCUAUCAGCCACACCCACUCACUGCUGAAGCAAUGGACGAUCUGUUCAACAUCCGUCUGUCGCCUCAAGGAAGCAACAAGAGAAUAGCAGAGGAGGUUGUGGUACCCUUCUGGAGAGACUAUUUGCAGGAUGCACAGGAUGAGUGCCCUGCAAAACUUCAGGGAAUCCUGGCUUUUGCCACUGGGGCCACCGCCAUCCCUCCCAUAGGCUUUAACCCCACACCAUCUAUCGAUUUCCUCCAUGAGAACGGACAUCAGGAUACAUCGAGCCUCCCUAUUGCUAAUACAUGCAUCAACUGCCUCAACCUACCUUUGCACACCUCGUACGCUGUUUUCAAAGACAAGAUGGACUUUGCCUUAGGCAACACACAUGGGUUUGGCAGAGCUUAAAGGGCCCUGUCUACACUUGUCCUUUCUGUGAUUACUUUUUUAAAUUUCUAUUCUGAAUUGGAAGCCACAAACAUCACUUGCCUCAAGCAAUGGAUGAGCAGUAUUUGCUACAAUAAGAGUUACCUGGUGGUCACAGGGCCUAAGUUGUUCUACAGUCAGCACCCUUUUUAGCUAUUUCUCGAUGGACUCUGUUUACACCCCACUGUGAAAACAAAUUUUACCCACUGUUAUGUUCCAUAUUAAGUUCAUGUGAGUCCUUAAAUAACUUAGUUUGAUGUGGUAAUAUACAUUUUUGCUUGAAGUCUGGUGCUGACAUGACAUUGAAAGUUAAUGGUUUUAUACAGUAUUUGUUGUUUACUCUGCAAUUUUACCAGUUGAAUGGGUUUUAUUGAGAUAUGUAAAAAGUGAUGUUUGUCAACUUGAAUGGUCUUUGGUAGUAACAACAUACAUUCAAAUCUUCGGGCUCAAGUCUCUUUGCCAGACUGACUUUAUUUUGUGGCUCACUUUAUUUUUACUUUUUGCACCUAUCUUCCACUGCAUGUGGGCCCUUGUUAUUCCUAAUGUUACGCAAUUGGCCUGAUUGUGGCCUGAGUUAAAGAGGAACCAAAAAUAAUUUCUUUUGAAUUGUUAAUUUUUAAAAUUCCCAUAUAUACAAUUUCUUGUGGGUGGGGUGUCAGCACCACGUUUAAAAUUUGCUGUCGCCCAGUAAGUGAAAAAAAGUACUCAACACGUUCAGCUGUGUGCGGUAACAUUUUAUCCACAUGGCUUGUUUUUUGGUUUUAUGACAGUAGUAUGUCCUGUUGUGACAAAAUAAACAGUUUUGCUUGGCGUCA